AUGCCUCCAGCACUCAGCGAUGAAGAGGCCUCGGACUUUGAGAGCGCGCCGCCCGUCAAGCCGUCGCGCAACUCGGCGUCCAGGUCCGUGAGCGAUGCGGACGACGCGUCGACGAAGCCCCGAAGGAACGGACGGGCCGCCGCAAAGAAGGAUCUGAAGGAGGUGGACGACGAUGUCGACAUUGACGAUGACGUUGACGUCAAGGAUGCGGACGAGGAAGACGAGGAAGACGAAGAGGGUCUCGAAGAUGACGUGUUCAUUGUCGAGGCGAUCAAGAAGCACAUGAUUGACGAAGAUGUAUGGACAGAUGACGCCUCUUUUACUGGUUUGACAAUGGCUAAUUGGGAAGGCUACGACAAGAAGUCGGACAUGACAUGGGAACCCGAGGAGAACCUCGUGGAGUCUGCGGGCGAGAUCCUCAGCGCCUACCUCGAAUCCAUCGGCGGGCGAGAAAAGAUCUUUGAGGAGACGCAGGAGGCUUCGAGGGGCAAGAAGCGCGGCCGCACGACGAGCGCAACGCCGGGCGCGACGAAGCGGUCGAGGAGGAACGGAACGCACCCUGCCGACUCGGCACCCCCGGCGACGGCGGACAAAUGGAGCCCCCCCGCGGGAUCGUGGGAGGACGAGAUCCAGACGAUUGACGCGUGCGAGGACGAGGGCAGCGGCCGGCUCGUAGUUUACCUUGUGUGGAAGAAUGGCCGUAAGACGAAGCAUGACACGAAGGUCAUUUACAAGAAGUGCCCGCAAAAGAUGCUGCAAUUCUACGAGCGCCACGUCAAGAUCAUCAGGGAGGAGAACAAGGCCUUGACUGAGUAA